AUGGAUGAUAGAACCAACGUUUCAAAGUUUUGGGAAGAUAAUUAUUGCAUAGAAAAAGACACGAAAGAUUUAAAUUGUCCAACCCCAGAGGAAGUAUUUUCUCAUUUCCAACAAACCAGUCAAGCGAGACACCUUAGCUUGGAUUCAUUCAAGGUUAGUUUUAGUUUUAACAGCUUUAUCAUCGUAUAAAUAUUAACAGAUGAACUCCAACAGAGCAAAGCCCCAAUUGAACUUCGCAGACUACAACUACAGUUAAGAUUUAUGUAAAAUAAAUGAGACAUGCGGUUCUGAUAGUGUCAUGACGGUUUAGAUACUGUUGAAUCGCCUCUACAAAUUAGGAUAAACUAAGUACAAGUUGGUAAUUCAUAUAAAGAGUCAAACUUUAUAGGUAAUGGCUAAGUACAAGUUGGUAAUUCAUACAAAGAGUCAAACUUUAUAGGUAAUGGGCUUUAAUAGCCCUUUUGAAAGCUAAAUUAGUAUCUGUCUCUUUAAUUUCCCUAGCAAGGGAAUUCCAUGCUCUAACAACCCUAGGAAAAUACGAGUUAUUGAAGUAAUUCGUCCUAAAUUUAAAUUCUACAAAGUUAUUAGGAUCAUGCGAUCUAAUUAAGUACUUAGUCUCGGGUUUUCUUUGAACAAAAAUGUCUAAGUUUAAGUGAUACUGCCCAAGUACACAUUUGUGGAAAAAAACUAAAUCGCAUAUAUCUCGGCGGUACUCAAGAGGAAGUAAUUUAAGUUUCGAUAACCUUCCUUUGUAUGUCAUGUCUUUAGGAUAAACUUAGUUGCACGCCAUUGUACGUUUUCGAGGAGCAGUUUUGAUUGACCUGGAUUGGUGACAACAGCUGAGAGCAAUUCUCAAGCUGUGGUAGGACCAAUGAACAGUAUAAAGUAAAGUCUUCCUUGUAUCGGGAUCUUUCAAAUCUUUGCAUACACGUUUAAUCACACCGAGAACUUUGUUUGCCUUUGAAGUAAUGUUGGAAAUGUGCAAACAAUUCAAAUAAUCAGAAACAAUGAUUACAUAGGUUACAUCAUAUAUAUCAUAUACUUACUGAAAUGUCAUCUUUAAUUAACUUGUUUUGGAAGUACACGUCCUACAAGAGAAAAAAAAAAUGAAAAAUAUAUCCAUUGUUUUGGAAGUACACGUCCUACAAGAAAAAAAAAAUGAAAAAUAUAUCCAAAACAAUUCAUCCAAGUCCAUUUUCAAACUUGCAUGGUCAAUUAAGCAUGAACUUGCAGACUAGUUAGUAACGAGAGGCUAGAUGGGAGUUUACACUUGGAAUUUAUGGCAAGAAUAUAAUCGUAACAUAAUUAUUUUUAAUUACUUUUGUAUAUAGGUCAUCACAUGUGAUCUGGGAAAAGGAAUAAAACUGAACAAGAAACGACGUAAGAAUCAAAAACGGUUUUAUAAUGUAACUUCAAAGAGACCAAGAAUUGAAACAGAGGAUGUGGAUGAUACAAGCCAAUUAAAUACUGUACAUGAUGACAUUGAAACUACCUGCAGUAAGGUAGAUAAUCAAUUACUUGACAGCUAUCUACAACACCAAGAGGAAAUGCAAAUCCAGGCAAAAACUUCAUCGGCAUUGAAAGAAAAGAUAAAAGCACCUUCAACAAGAAAACAGAUGUUUGACGUUUUGAAAGGUAAAGGUUUAUACAAGAAAUUUCCUCAAAGUCAUUUCAAGAAAUUCGAAAGAUGGCUGAAAUCCCCUUCUGGUGGACAACUAAAGUGCACAGAGCAAAUUGUUAGCGAAGUUAACAGGUAAUUAUAUGUACAUAUACAGCAUAGAUAUUCAAAGCAUAAAAAAUUUAUAACAACAUAUUGAACGCUCUCUGGUUUAAAAUAUUUAACAAGUUUUCUGCUGCAGCCUUCAAUGUGCAAUUUACAGUGAGAUGUGACAACGGUUUAGAAUAACAUAUACUGACAAAAACUGAAGGCUACAUACUAGCUGGCAGCGGAAUUUAGCUAAUUAAAUAUUUUAAACCAGAGAGCGUCCCAUGAAAGCAAGCAAUUAAUUCCAUUUCUAUAUAUAGGUACCUGUAUUUUUGCAACCGUGAGAAAGCAACAUGGAAACAUUUACUCGAUCAGAAACUGUUUAACAAUUAUUUGAUUCUAACCAAAGAAGCGGGCCUGGGGCCGGACGGUCUAAAAACAAAGGUUGAAAGAGUUACAAUUGCACUUAAAUUUCUUGCCCAUAAAAAAACAAAGCUUCGUCAAAAGUGUGAUAGCAAAAUAGCCGAGUACAGGGGAUGGAUGAAACCAUUAGCAAAACAAAAGAAAGUUUUGCGAAUGAAAAACUCGUGGCGUGAUGAAUUGUGUGGUUUCAACUUAAACAUGGAGGAUCUCGACACCGCUAUUUCAGAAGAGACAAUAAACCGGUUUAUUAUGAUCAUGAAAAAGGCAAUGUCAAAUGAGAAAUUAACCCAAGAGGAAUAUCGUGUCAUCGUCGACACAAUUAUAACAAUAACAAUAACACAAGAAAGUGCAAUAAGGCCCGGAGCUUUUCAGUUCAUGACCUUAACGGAACUAAACAAUCCUGUCAUAUAUAUAUCACCUACCGAUGGAACAAUAUACAACAUUGUCUUCGUUCUGAACCACAAAACAUUCGCGACACAUGGCCCUCUCGGUGUACCCUUUGCCGAAACAUCGUGGGUCCAGUUGCACAACUACUUGAAGUAUGUCAGACCACAGGUGAAACCACAGUUACCACACCAGGAACUUGUAUUCUUGAAUGCGUCUGGAACCAUGAUAACCAAACCUGGAAUGGCAGUGACAAAAGUGACUAAAAUGCAUGACAAACACAUUACGACAACAAAGAUUCGACAUGCCAUAGCAACCGCUGGUAAUGAACUCUUGACAGACGUUGAAAGGAGGGCAGUUGCGAAGGGCAUCGGCCAUACCAUGGAGGUACAUAAUAAAGUAUACACUGACUUGACCAUUAAAAAUGUACAUGCAAGUAUCGAAGGGCAGAAAAAACUCCAUAAUAAAAAAAGCCGUAAGACUCUAUGA